AUGCAUAAUGGAAAUGUCAAACAAACAAGAAAAACAUCGUCGCGUACUUUUGAAUUUCAGGUAAACAAAUACAAUUAUUUGUGUUGUACAUCAAAACAAAUUGUAAUUUAGCCAUGAACAAAGCCGCUUCCGAAAGUAAAAUUAAGAAGACGCUGAUCAGAAACUAUGAGGUCAAAGUAAAACCGUCUCCGUCGACGCGAAAACAAGUUGUUCACGAUGUCGGUUCCUCUUCAAACACGACUUCGCAAAAAUCUUCAAGUUCCUCGCAAAAAGAGAAUGAAUUGAGCCAGCCAACAUUAUGUUCCAGCGGAGCGAUAGCUACUUAUUUGUCAGAUAUGAAGAAAUUAAGUGCUCCUCCACUUUCGUCGGAAGAUUUGAAUGUUGAUAAAGGACAGCUGUGUGUUAAAAUGACAAAAAAAUUAAACUUUCAAUUCAAUGACAAAAUUUACAAAAACCUCAUUGAGUUAAACACCAAAGUAGACAAUGUAAAAAGUAAAAAGGAACGAAAACCAUUUACUAAUGCCUCUGUAAAAAAAGAUUUGGAACCGAACAUAGAAGAUUUUUAUGAAGACGAGAAAGAAAUAGAUACUCCGCCCAGUAUUCCAGUUUCUAAACCAAAGUUUAAGGCAGUAAGAAAAGUUGAUGACGGCCGGUUACACAGAUUAGUAGCAGAGUUCGAGGAUUUAUGACAUUUUGUGUUUAUUAAUUAUUUUCAAUUUGUUAUUUAGUUUUUGUUUUAAAAAUAAAAUUGUUGUAAAUUUUUUGACUAUAAUAUUUGCUUAUUAGUAAAAAUGCAUUAUUUGAAUAAGAUGUUUCCUUUUGUUGCCCUAAUGCUAAUCAUGUAUGUUAGAAAAAAUAUUGUAUUGGGAUUUGACCUUUGACAUUAUAAUGUUGCCAAUAGAAUUUGAGAUUAUUAUAUAAAAGACUAAAUUAUAAUGAAAGAAAUAAACGCGCCGACGAGCUUAGAACCUUUCAAGGUAUACAAAAUUAUUAAUAUUUCAAUCAAAAAUACUAUUUGUAUCCCACUGUCCUCAGCUAUUUAUUUCUAAGGUUUAAUGAUUCUGGCCACAUUACUGCGCAUUGCAAACGGGGAAUACGCCCACGAUUUUUCUAGAAUCAACUGCUUAUACCAUGAAGUCUUGUUUGGGGACUUUCCCCCAUUGUAAAUAAUUGAAUACCUAUAUUUUAUAUUUACAUGGCAAUACAUAGUUACCGAUAAAAUAUAAAGGUUCCGAUAAUGUCAUAUUCUUUAUUCUAGUUCAGUGCUUCCGAACGCAAACACGCGCCGGCUCGCUCGCUCUGAUAGAAAGAGAUGUUGAUACAUCCAUCUCUUCUUUCACCCGCAUUUUGCCAAUAAUUUCGUUUCAUUCAGAUUCAGUCAACUUCCGACGUCUAUUGCAAAC